AUGGCUCCAGAAGGCCGCGCUGCCCCUCGAGGCAGGGGCCGAGGCAGAGGGGGACGAGGAGGCCGCGGAGGUCGCGGAGGAGCAUCUACUGCUCAAAGCACUGGCGCUCAAAAUGCAGAGUCCGGAGUCACGGCUUCAGCUCCAGCUCCAGCUUCAGAGACGAAUAUACCCGUUCAAGAGAGCGCCGCCGACACCUCAAACUCCCAAGCAGCAGCCCCGACUCCCGGCGCAAGCACCGCAAAACCAGCACCAGCAGCCAGACCGACAGCUGCGACUCGAGGCAGCGGCUCCGGUCUGGGAAAGUUCCUCCCCAGAGCUGUGCGGCGGUCACAAUUGGACAGAGAGGCGAUCGCGCAGAAAGAGACGCAGAAACUCGAGGACAAGGCGGCCCAGGAUGCGCGCAUGAAGCGCGCGGGGCGGGGCCGAGGUGGGAGGCGUGCUCGCGGUGGCCCUGCAGGCGGUUUUCAAGAUCGUGUGAUCAGGGGUGGCGCUGGUGGUUUUGGAUCGAUGAUUGAGGCUACUAGCUCUCGAGGAGGCUCGAGCGCAUUCGGACGACUGUACGACUACGGCGGCGGCGGAGGAGGAGGAGGUGGCGGCGGCUCAGGUGGUGGUGGCUGGUCCGGCGGCGUCAAAUCAGAAGGAGGCAAGGGCUUCAGCAGCGAGUCGAGUCGACCAACCGGCAGGCGCAUGAACACAGACAAAAUCGUCGAGUACGUGGUAAUCGAAGAUGAGGAGGAGCAAGUCAAGAGCAAGGAGGGCACGCCAGUACUCCUGCCCAAGGGCAUGCAACGCCAAGAACCCAAGGAGCCGGAGAAAGCCGAGGUUGCUACUACAGAGGAAGUCGAGGCUGCAGACAGGGGAGAGGAUGUGGUGCAAAUCUCGUCAGGCGACGGCUCAGAAGAUGAAGACAUCUUCUUGAACGAAAACGACGUGGAGAUGAAGGAUGACGACCGGAAAUGGCCCGGUGCCAAACCAAAUCGCCGCGUUAAGAUCGAAGGCGAGGAGGUCAACGAGAUUGACACUCUCACGACGAAACGGGCGAUCAAGAAGGCAGAAGAGAAAGCAAAAGCACUCAAAAAGAGAUACAAAGACCCCGAGGAUCAACUUGCCGCCGAGAACCUCGCUUUCCAACGACGGCUGUUCGGUGUCUCAAGUGGAGAAGACGACGACGAUUCUGAUGUCCAAGAGACAAAGGCCCCUCGGAAACCCGCAAUUAUCGAUGGCAACCUCUAUAUGUUCCAGUUCCCUCCACUUCUACCACCACUACACACCGUCGAGCGGACACAGCAGUCACAAGGCCCCGUUAAGGACGAGCCCAACGACGACGUGGUCAUGCUCGACGCACCAACCCACAGUUCCGACAAGCCAGUCGACCUGACCGCCAAUGACGACGCCAACGUCAAGCAAGAAGAGGCCGCCGACGACAAGGCGCCACGUGAGCCAGAGGAGCAGCCCGAAGGCUUCGUUGGGAAGCUUAUCAUUCGCAAGUCGGGUAAGAUGCAGAUUGACUAUGGCGGCAUGCUGUUCGACUGCGAGUCGGGCAUCCCAGUUGAGUUCCUGCGGACGGCCGUGCUCACGGAGAUGGACGACGAGAAGAAGCCCGACGGCUACGCGGGCACCGCGUACGGCAUGGGCCAGAUCACGGGCAAGUUCGUCGCCGUGCCCAAGUGGAGCGACGAGGACGAGUGGAACGUCGGCCCGGACGAGCUCCCGCCCAACGGGAUCGACGCGGCCGAGGAGGACGACGCGGUGGCCUAG